AUGGUAAUGUGUGAUAUGAUUUCAAGACAUGGUAAUGGAUUAAAACCACCAUCUUAUCAUGACUUGAGAAUUAAGUUGUUAAACCUAGAAGUGAAGUUGACACAUGAAGCUUUGGAAGAAUAUAGAAAGGAAUGGAGGAACAUUUGUUGCAUUAUAAUGACCGAUGGAUGGACUGAUCCGAAGAGGAGGAAAUUUUUGAAUUUUUUAGUUAAUAGUCUAAAGGGUAUUGUAUUUUUUAACUCUGUUGAUGCAUCCAACAUAUGCAAAACAAUCGACAAAAUCUUUGAAAUGAUUGAUGUUGUUGUUGAAGAGGUUGGAGAAGAUAAUGUCGUUCAGGUCGUGAUAGAUAAUGCGGAAAACUACAAGGUUGUUGGUGAGAUGCUGAUGCGAAAGAGGAACAAAUUAUAUUGGACACCUUGUAUCGCACACUGUCUUGAUUUGAUGCUUGAAGAUUUGGAGAAGAAGAUAUCGAUUCAUGAAGAGACAAUUCCAAAGGGUAAAAAAAUUAUAACUUUUAUUUAUUCAAGAACUUCUCUCAUUUCUAUUUUACAUCAUCACACAAAAAAUAAAGAUUUGGUGGUGUCGGGCGCUACUCGAUUUUUCACAACUUAUCUUACUUUAGGGUGCUUGUAUGAGAAUAAGAAAGCUUUUAUAAGAAUGUUCACUUCCAAAGAAUGGAAGUCGAGCAAAUGUGCAAAGUUAAGAGAUGGCAAAACCAUUGAAGAUGUGGGUUUGGACAAAAAAAAUUGGAAGAAUGUUGUUCUUUGUUUGAGAAGUGCUACACCUCUUAUUAAAGUGCUUCGUUUAGUUGAUUCAGAUCAAAAACCAACCAUGAAGAUUAAUCUAUAA